CACACACAAAACAAAUAUAGUUGCUUCUUAUAACAACAAUUUUAAACGUUUCAAUGGCAAAUUUGGAGUAUAUUUGGGAGCGAUCAGUAAAAGUGUUUCCAAUACUGGAAAACAGCUUGCAGGAAUCAAGCGAUGUAUCAGACUCUGAUUUGAGAUUUAUCAUUGAUGAAUGGGUUCGAUUGAAUAUUGCUGAAAAUAUUUACGAAACAAUUUGGUUGAACAUUGAUUAUGUGUUGCGCCAUCAAAUUGUGCCAAAGUUUUGGAAAUAUUUCAGUUCUGACAAUGACACUGAAAAUGGUUUCUAUCAAUUCCAAUUGAGCAUUUACGAAUUACAUCAAGAGUAUCAGAAGUUCCAACGGAUUUUAGAUCGUGUUCGUCCAAUGAAAACAUCAUGUCAAUUCAAUAAUCCAGUUUAUCGUGAUCGGCAUGAAUUGGACGUGUUUAAAAAUAUGCUAAAAAUUGAUUUACUGUCACAAUUGCCGGCCAAUUUUACAAAAAUCGUUCAUUCAUUCUAUCAUGUUUCAUUCACUGUAUUCGCAAAUAGUCAUCAAGAUACUGAUGUUGAGAUAAUGGACGAGGUUAAAUGUAAUGGUUGUAAUAAAGAAAGUGAUAAUUGCCGUUGUCAAGAGUUAGUUGUAGGUUUUAACAAGACCAAUCAGUAUUUAUUCGAAAUGGAUUUGCUUGAUCGACUGGCCGGCUUCACACUGACAAAUUUGAUACAAGAACGAAUCGAUACCCAUGUACAAGACACGUGCAAAGGAAUCUUAGACACAUCACACGUCGAGGCUUUGCUACAGUGGCUCGAUACUGUGGUUAUCAAUUGGUUAACACGAAUCUACAAUCAAGGAUCACUAAAAAUCGAAGCGCAUAAUGCACGUGUUCGAGAUGUGUUGAAAGAGUUUCGAAUUAAGCUUGAAUAUUACUUAUACGAAACAUAUGCACAUAUCAUAAUUGAUCAGUUUUUCACCGUCAUUAUAGAUUUUCCCGACUCAAAGCCGGCAAUUGAUGAUUUGAAAAUAUGUUUGGAAAAGAUUGAUUUGCGUGUAUAUCUAGUAAAAUCAUUGAAAGAUGUAUUGGAAAAACGACUUUUGCAUCCUGGUGUGAAUACCAGAGAUAUUUUAACCGGAUACGUUGCAGCAAUAAAAACCAUACGUCACUUGGAUAGUACGGGAGUUUUAUUAGAAACGAUAACCGAACCAGUAAAACAGUAUAUGCGAUCACGACAAGAUACAGUCCGUUGUGUUGCAUCGGCACUCACCGACGAUGGACCAACCGAUUUGGCCGAAGAAUUAGCCAAAAGUGAGGCGUAUGUGGAAAAUCUAUCAAGUCAAAAUGAUGAUUGGGAAAAUUGGAUGCCAGAUCCCAUUGAUGCAAGUACCAAAAAUCAAAAACCAACCAGUCGAUCGGCCGAUAUUAUAUCAAUGGUGGUGGACAUUUAUGGCAGUAAAGAAGUAUUUGUAAAUGAGUAUCGUAGUUUGCUUGCCGAUAGACUGCUGUCACAGCUCGAUUUCAAUCCAGAUCGUGAGAUUCGCAACUUGGAAUUGCUAAAGUUACGUUUUGAUGAAACAAUGUUGCACACAUGCCAAGUAAUGUUAAAGGAUAUUACGGAUUCUAAGAGAAUCAAUACACAUAUUCAAACGACGAUUGAGUCACCUGAAAAUGUGGAAAUGUUCAAAUUAUCAUCGUUGAUAUUAUCUUCACAAUUCUGGCCACCGUUCAAGAAUGACACAAUUGAGCUGCCAGAAGAGUUGAAGAAGGUGUUUGAUUGCUAUACAAAGUCGUAUGAAGCAUACAAAGGGAAUCGCACGUUAUCUUGGCGUCCAUUCAUCGGUCGUGUUGAGCUUGAAAUUGAAGUAGGAAAUAGGAAAUUGGAUUUAUCCGUAUCACCCAUCCACGCAGUGAUCAUUUAUGAAUUUCAAAAUCAAAGUUCAUGGCGAUUAGAAGAUUUAAGUCAAAAGAUUCAAGUGGCCGCAUCUGUAGUGCGUAAGAAGAUUGCAUACUGGCAAGCACAGGGGUUAAUUGAAGAAACGUCCAAUGACAACUUCACAUUGAUUGAAAAUAUUGAACAGCGUGCACGACAAGAUGAAGAACAUGUGGAUGAUGAUGAGAAUGAGAGUGCAAUGGCAUCAGCGAAUGAUCAGCGAGAGGAGGAAUUGCAAGUGUUCUGGUCGUAUAUUGUUGGCAUGUUAACAAAUUUAAAUUCAAUGCCGUUGGAACGAAUCCACCAAAUGUUAAAAAUGUUCGCAUCGCAUGGACCCGGCGUGGAAUUUUCCAUGGAAGAACUAAAAAAUUUCCUGCAGCUCAAAGUUCGAGAACAUGCGCUCGUUUUUACUGCUGGAGUUUAUCAACUACCAAAAUGAGCAUUUUCUAUUCCAAAUAUAGGCUAAUUAAGAAAUCUUAAUGUUAAUCUUUUUUACAAUAUUCAAUAUUAUCUUAAGAAUCAAAUAUAACAGAA